AUGUCAGAUCUAUGGAAAGGACCAACAUUCACAGAAGUCAAGGCUGGCUCAAAUGACAUGAACAUCGCCAGCAUCGCCUGGGGCAUAUCGCUCGGCGUCGGAAUGUUCACUUUUGCCAAGGGUCUACGACAAACGAUCGACUCGUGGCAUAGAGGCAAGAAGUUUAACCAUUAUGUUAUCUUGCUUUGGUUAGAGUGGGCGAGCAGUUGUCUCAUGAGUGCUGUCACUUGGUGUUAUCUACGAAAUUACAUUCCCGGCGGGUUUCCGGUUUUCUUUGUUUUGAUCUUUCUUUGGUGUAUACAGAUUCAAGCACUCAUCCAAAUCAUCGUCAACCGAAUUGCGAUCCUCAUGGUCGACCGCCGAAAAGCAAAAUGGCUCAAGAUCUGGUCGUUCGUUAUUAUUCUUUGCAUCAACAUCAGCGUCUUUACAAUUUGGAUCCCUGCCAGAUUAGAGGUUAACCAGACCUGGAUCAGCAUCAACAAAGUCUGGGAUAGAAUCGAAAAGGUCAUCUUUUUGUUUGUCGACGCUGGAUUGAACCUUUACUUUAUCCAUCUUGUGCAUUCGAGGCUUAUUGCGAACGGCCUCACCAAGUAUACUCGCCUGUUCAAGUUCAAUUUGGGUAUGAUUGCAGUUUCCAUGACUAUGGAUAUCCUUCUUAUCGCAAUGAUGUCCCUCCCCAAUGACAUUGUUUACGUCCAAUUCCACCCCCUCGCUUAUCUCGUCAAACUCCACAUCGAAAUGAACAUGGCCGAUCUCAUCAUCAAAGUCGUAAAAGCCAGCAACGGAAACGGCUACGACUACUCAGGCUCCAAGUCCGGCAGUACCCAACCUAAGCAAAAGAGCGGCAACAAACUCGGAAAGGGCCACAUCCCUUCAGCGAUGUUCAUCGGCGGCAACUUGACCUUUGUUCAAGCAGGCGACGACGAUAUUGAGAUGAACAACUUGGAGGGCGGUAUUCAGAAGACUACGAGGACAGAGGUUGAGGUUGUGGUCAAACAGACCAGAGCGUCUGAUAGUGAUGAUCGGGAGGGCAGCGAUUCGGGCUCGGCGAGGGCCUUGAGGAAGAACAACGUUUACACGGUCCCCGAACCCAAGAGACGGCGAAGUUCUCAAAUUGCGAUUCUCACAGCACCAUAG